AUGGAAAAUAAAAAUAAAAAUUUAAAAAAUUACCGCUUUGUUCAAUAUUCACCUUAUAAUCAUGAACGAAAAAAAUCGCUUGAUGAAAUUAAAUCUGGAAUUAAGCGUUUUCUUCGCGUAUUUCCUAUCAUUAAACUCAAACAACGGAAGAGCCCUGUGCCUGUUAGCCGUGAAAAACUACAUGAAAUGGCAAAUUUGACGUCUGUUAGUUUCGAACAACAGCAAACAUUACUAAGCUCAACACCUGUUAAUUCAAAACAACAGCAAGACAUAGCUAACUCAAUGCACAAUAAUUUAGAGCAACACCAAGAGAUAGUUGGUCAAGCACUCGUAGGUAUCGAACAACCAAAGACCGUGUUCCAAACGCCCGUUAACUUUGUCAUUAAUUCAGGACAGCAGCAUGGCAUGGUGAACCCAACAACGGUUAACUUUGAACAACGGCAAAAUGUAAUAGGCUUAACGUUCGUUAAUUUCGGAAUGACAAGUCCAGCAGUUCAACCCUCGAAUAUACAACCUGCAUUAUCAUGUUCUUCGGGAACUCAAAAACUAGAUGUAAAUAAAGUAAUAACUGCUAAACUAACAGACUUAUUAGCUUUGUAA